GGUCCUUAUUCAGCCCAAGUAAACAACUCAAGAACCUACAGAGAGACUGCUAAUUAGAGAGAGAGAGAGAGAGAGGAGAGAUGGGUGAAGAGAGAGAAGACCCGCAGAAGAUUAAGAAGAUGGCGGCAGCGGCUUAUGAUUACGAAAACGACCCCAGAUGGGCCGAUUACUGGUCCAACAUACUAAUUCCUCCUCACUUGGCUUCUCGCUCCGACGUCGUCGACCACUUCAAGCGCAAGUUCUAUCAGCGAUACAUUGAUCCUGAUUUCAUUGUGGAGGCAAUGACUUCAUCUGGUUCAUCUCAAUCAACAAAACCAUCGUCAUCCUCUUCAACAUCAUCAGGGACUCCAAAUGACCAAACCCGACAACGGAACACAGGGUCAAAUGCUAGAGCCUCUGGCACAUCAGCCACUGCUGGUCCAAAUGCUAUUCCUACUUCUGUCCGUUGGGAUAGACAAACUAUACAAUUUUCUGUCAAUGCUUGGGUGUUUGUUGUGGCCGUGCUUGCAAUUUUCCCUCUUGUACCCAGGAAUCUUUCUAAUAGGGCAUAUCGAUUGUCUUUUAUGGGCACUGCAUGUUCAUCUCUGUAUUCCUUAUACACGCUAUAUGGGAGACCAAGGGCAUUGAAUUUGCAGGCUAUACAAGCCUACUUUCAGUCAAUAAUUGCAACAAAAGAUUUUAUUUACCUCAUCUACUGUCUCACUUUUGUGACUUCACAUCUUUGCCUCAAAUUUGCUUUGAUUCCCAUUUUAUGCCGUGCUUUGGAGCAGGUAGCAAAGUUCUUAAGGCGCAAUUUCAGUCGUUCCACCUUAUACAGGAAGUACCUUGAAGACCCAUGUGUGUGGGUGGAGUCAAACGCAACUACACUCAGCAUUCUUUCCUCACAUGCUGAAGUUGGACUUGGCUUCCUCUUAAUAAUCGCUUUGUUCUCGUGGCAGCGCAACAUAAUACAAACUUUCAUGUACUGGCAGCUAUUGAAGCUCAUGUAUCAUGCACCUGUCACUGCUGGUUAUCAUCAGAGUGUUUGGGCCAAGAUUGGGAGGACUGUCAAUCCACUCAUCCAUCGUUACUGCCCAUUCUUGAGCACUCCAAUUUCCGCUGCUCAAAGAUGGUGGUUGAGGUAGAUACUUAAAAGCCUAGUAUAGCAAGCGCGAAAAAGAAGUAAUUCAACAUGGAAUUUGUUCUCUUGUUAGUUACCAUGAACAUUUGGAAGUAAAAGCACUAACUCCAUAUGUAUGGCCAUUUUGAUUCUAGAAUAGUAAAGCUUUACUACCGCUGAUAUAAGUUCUAAAGAUGCAUUACAUUGCUACGAUUUUUUUUUUUUUUUUUCUGGUUCUGACUUGGUAUACACUAAUUUGACUUUUGUGCACUAAAUAGUAGUGCAUUAUGGAAUAAGUGCUUUAUGUGUUUAUCUGGUCUUUAACUAUGAAUUCUUUGUUGGGUUUUCGACUGUA